ACUUCCGAUAACGAUGGCGGACAAAGAUGAAAAGAGCUCCUUGCCUCUUUCAAGAAUCCGAACGAUAAUGAAAAGUUCACCCGACGUGUCUAGUAUCAGUCAUGAAGCGUUGUUCCUCACUGGAAAAGCAACGGAGCUGUUUGUUCAAAACCUUGCACAGGUGUCUCUUGAUCGAAGCAAGGAAAAAAAACAGCUUCAUUACGGUGACCUGUCAGAAGUGGUGAACACUAACGACGUACUUCAGUUUCUACAAGACAUCAUUCCACGCAAAAUUAAAGCCCAAGAAUAUUUCGACUUGAUCGAAGAUGAUGAAGAGGAAACUUGACAUGAGAGAGGAACUAGAUAAUGGCAAAUCAUUGAGACCUAUACUGAAAUGCCUUUGAGCUAACAAUGAAAAUUUACUACUGGAACAUUUGACAAAAAUUCAUACCCUGCCUACAUUGCUCUCCGACAGGCCAUCUGUCAGAAAUUGUCCAUCAGUCGUCCAGAGCUACGUUAUCGCAGCUACUAGAACAUCAGAGGAUCCUAUACAUGGCUACACAAUGUUGCAUUGAUGUAUUAUUUGUUAGUGUCCAAUGAAAUUCAAAAGUUGUCGGUGUAUGUAAUAUACCAGUAAAACAAAGGUUCUAUUUCUGAACAAAUAAAAAUCAAGGAUUGAACAUCUGUUUAUACAUUGAAUAUCAUUUCUUCUUUUUUUUUUUCUUUUUUUUUUUUUUCUUCAAAGCACAAUUUUUUUAUUUUUUUUCUUCAAAGCACGAUUUUUAGAGCUAUUUUGUCAAUUGUAGAACAGGAGAUAUGAAGCAGAGGUCUUACAUUUUCAACUUGUAGAUUUUUCAAAGUCUUAACCUUUGUCUAGUAUAUAGAUGCAUUCUUGUGAUUACAUAUACAGAUCUGAGAUGCUCCAUCAAAUUAACUGUAACUUCUUACCUUUAUUACGAUGUGUUAAUUAUAAUAAUAACUUAUAUAAUUACCAGUAAAAUAAGGAACUAUCAUUCUUCUCAGAUUAUUUUUUCAUUGUGUCUUUUGAUAAUGAGCUGAAAUUUGGUAUACAGCUAAUAGGCAGUAGCAUGUUGUAUUUCGGUUUGAUAUAUAAGUCUACGACAGAGUUAUGGCCCUUUCUAACUUACAGUGUAAUAAUUUGUUGGAGUUGGGAGCGUGGCAGGGAUAUAGUUACUUUAGUAAUAUAUACUAUGCUUGUGUAUAGUGAAAAGAAUAGUUGUAUAAUGGCAAAUAAAAUAGCUGGGCCCUGUUUAUGCAGACAAAUGUGUUUUAAAUGCAACAUUUUGGGCGUGAGUCUUGGCUAGGGGUGUAUAAAGUAUACAUAUUACAGUCCUAGAUCCUAACAGACCUAUAGAUGUUCAUACAGGCAUUGAAAGUCUUGGUUUACUAGAAAUUAAAUUAAAAUUAGAUCACUAGAUCAAGCCUUAUUUCAUUAAUGAACAACUCUUUGCCUACUUGUCAGACUGUUUGUAUCCACAAAAAUGAGGCACUGAUGCUUUGAUUGAAUGAAGCUGUAAAGUUCACGUGGAAUAUCAGAAUCUGUCUUGUAUUAAAUGACAAAUAAAUUCCAUUUUUGUUUUUGUUUCAUAUCAGUAUUUGUUAUAUAUUUUGAUUGACAAUAAUAAAAGUAUGUAUUUCUUGC